AUGCGCGACAACGACGGAGAGAACGGGCCAGCGGAUACGGGAGGGAUCGUCCAAGAAGGUGGCCCGCCUAGUCCAGCCCGAGCAGGCAAGUGCUGUGCAAUGAUACGUCUCCGAAAGACGAUGUGGGUGCUAGCGAAGGACGUGGAGAGCGUGUUCUCUCUGGGGGUAUGGGAAGCGACACUACUGUCCCCAGAAACGCACCCGGCGCAACUUGUGUCGGCUGUGCGUCACGUCGAUGAAGAGGCUGGCCCCAAAACAGCGCCAAAAUUCGGCGGCGACGCGGGUGGCAAUGUCAAGGAUGUGUGCGAGGGCGGAAACGGAGACGAUUCAACGCUCGGAAAUGCCUCGAAAGGCCAAGUUGGCGAUGGUGACGAGGAUGAUGAAGUGCUCCUGCCGACUUCAUGGGGCGAGUACAGACGGAGCUUUUUCGGCGACUGCAAAGCGGGACCGGCGCUCGAUGGGCUGCACUCUCGUUUGGUACCAACUGCCACAUACAAACGCUAG